GUGCGGGAUUGAGUUUUAGUCUUGGCAUAAUUUUGAACAUGCUUCUUGCUUGGCUAAUUCUAACUAAAACAGUGAAGGCUAUGCGCAUGUACUCGCGCCUGCUUCUUCACUCAUGUCUUAUGGCUAGUUUCUUAAAAGUAUUUUUUUUACCUUACAAUCUUCAGGAUAUUCUAAUCGUUAUUGUAUCUACGCUCGUUCAGCCUAUUCCGAUUGUUGAUCAUGGAUACCGCGCUCUAUUCCAAAAUGGAGUUUUCCGAAACCUAUUGCCACAACCCUAUGCAUAUAUGGUAAUUAGGACAUUCGAAUAUCUGGUUUAUAUUUUAAAAUUCAAGUUGAAUGUCCUCUGGAUUCAACUUCUGCUAUUUUUUCUAGCUUCUACUACAGCGCAGUUCAUCUUCCGAUACUUUCUUCUUUCUAAGUUAUAUUUCUAGUUAUUUGAUCAUUCAAAAUUUAUUCAGAGAUGGCCAUAUUCCUCGAAGCUUGAUCUGGCUUAUGGGCGUCCUGGCUUUCCUUUUAAACUUAUUUCACAUUAUUUUACUCGCUUGGGCUGAUUAUCCACGCCCUAACUAUUACGAAAAAAUGGAAGAAUUAUCAAAACUCGUCACCCAAGAAGCUGGCAUUACAGACGUUAAAUUCUCCUCAUUUACCUGG